AUCUGGAAAUAAAGAGAAAAUAUAAUAUUGUAUAUGUUGACAUCUGACAACUUAAGAAUCUCCUAGUUCAACGCUUUCUUAUUAAUAAAGUACUUGUUGACAUGGGCAGUAUUGAAAAGGCUUGCAUAUCAGGGUUUCUCUGCCGUCUAUGUUCGGAAAUGCACAGAACUGUAAUUCAUAUAUAUAGUGACCACGGCCAACGUCUAUGCCUUGUUGAAAAAAUUAACGGCUACCUUCCAAUAACUAUUUCUCCGACUGAUCCGUUGCCAAAAACCAUAUGCAGAACAUGUUUACAUCGUGUAGAGCAACAUUAUUCUCUUUUGAUGAGGCUUACACAAAUGAGAGAGGAGCGAAAAAUUAAAGGAUUUGAGUACAAGCCAAGCAGAGAAACGGCAAAUGCAUCAAUAUCCAGCGUGGAAUGCUCUGAUGAGGAAGAUAACACAACAGAGCCCGUAGGCAAAACAAAUAGACGACAUGGAAGACCCACCUCCGAGUCCAUUAAAUCGAAAAAUACUGCCAAAACUCAUCGAAACAGUAGUGAAACUAACGAUGAAAGUGGGUCUGGAUCAAGGAUUAGAGAAGAAAAAGGGUCUGGAAGUCGUGGGACAGGACAGAGCACUCCAGCACUAACGUAAAAUAAUGACUGUCAGACUAGUCAAUGGUUUAAAUAUCAUUAUAUGUAUAUAAACAUAUUUAUACAUACAUAUAUAUAUAUAAAAAAAUAUGUGAACAUUUGGAAAGUAUGAGUAAAAUAGGCCAUUUAUGAAAAUCGAUGAACCUACAACAACCUUCCAACCAUUUAAAAUCAAGCAAAAAAGGCUGGAAAGCUUGUACUGUUCACAAGCUACUGCUCGCAAAGAUCGAUCAUUCAUUUAACAGAUAAAUCAUAUAAAACAGCUGUAGACAUUUUAAGUUACAUCUCGAGAAUUUUGAACGAACUAGACUUAAAAAAUUAUUGAAAAAUUAUAUCGAUACAGAUUAAGCUGAAACUUGUAAAGAUUGUUUGGAUUAUCUUAAGUAAUAAAAUAGAUUUUCUCUCA